UGCUGCUCUUAUCUGUUUACUUUUACACAAACAGCACUGAAAGAGGGGACAGGGAUUCAUUACUGGAACCAGAGACUAGAGCAAAGAGCCAAGGGACGUCUGAACAUUUGUACAAAGGAUGGAACACUUUCUGACUUUGUUUUUCCUAUGUCCGUUUGUAUUUUUUAUCACUUCGACAUGUGGACAAGACAGUGUGUGUUCUAGGCCUGUGAUGGGUGAGAACGUUGAGAUGGAGGGGCUUCAGAGGUACUUCAGCCCCGGUGUGGAGAUAGCGCUGUCCUGUAAACAGGGAUACACCACCUUGCUGGGCCCCCGGAAGAUUGUUUGCACUACCAGUGGAGAAUGGACAAAAACCAAAUUCAAGUGCAUACCAAAGCAGUGUCCCUAUCCUGAUUCAUUGUUAAAUGGAGAAGUGUACUAUGAGGAUACAGUGUACCAGAGUACCAUCAACUAUACUUGUAAUGAAGGGUUCACCUUGAUUGGAGCCGCCACUGCUGAGUGCCUUGACAGCGGGACAUGGAGCACACCAGCACCAGAGUGCAAGCCUGUAUCCUGUGGUCUCGCUCCAGUCCCAAAGCUUGGGAUGGUCGUUUAUGACAGGAAGAUCAGAGGGAAUAGCACUGACUACGGUACCCAAGUGACGUUCAGGUGCUUGCCUCCGUAUGCAGUCUUCGGCAACGCAAGAGCAGAAUGCACUGCCAGUGGCAAAUGGACCGCAGCACCUGAAUGUCGAGUGGUGACCUGCCCUCCACCGGAGAACAUCAGCCAUGGGUACAUGUCAAGCAAUGACAAGAGAGCCUAUGACUACAUGGAAAAUAUCAAAUAUGGCUGCAAUGGAGACUAUGUAAUUGAAGGGAGCAUGCAGAUUGUUUGUCAGCAGAAUGGGCGUUGGUCUCAAAAGCCAUCCUGCAAUGCUCCUUGCAGUGUUGGCAUACAGAGAGGGAGGAUAUUAUACAAAGGACAAAAGAUCUGGAUUGCAGACUUAAGUCCUAACAAAGUCUUGCACAAAGAACUUGUCUCAGUCUACUGCAUGGACAAGGGCAGGAAGUGUGGUUAUGCAGUGCCAACCCAGUGCAUUAACGGAAAACUCAAAAUCCCAGAAUGCUUUGAAGAGCCCAGCAGCACUGAAUAUACCCUUCAUUCAGGUUCACUACCAUCUGAAAUCGCACAGUGCUGAAUCAGAUCUCUUCUUUCAUAUGAGAAUAACUGCAAUAAGGAAAAGGUUGUUGGUGUAGUCUGCUCUCUAAAAUGAAAGAAUAUUGUGUUGUAUGACUUUUUAUUUGACUUUGUCCUGCUCAAGAAAGUGUGUUAUUCUGCUACUUCCUUUUCUGUUCUGAUCACAAGUCAACUUUGUAAAAAUAAAAGAAGCCAAAUACAAUA